AUGCUCCUUAAAAUCGGCAAUGGGCAAAUUAUGUCCGAUGACAACGGAUAUAUUGACGCUACCACAGUUGGUCACACUGAAUCCAGCCCUGAUGACUUAUGUUCUGCCGUUUACCCAAAUCUUACAACGGAAUACAUAAAACUAAAUUGGCUUCACGAUAUGGCUCUUCUUGCACCUACAAAUGCAGCUGUCAACACUCCUAACUACGACUUACUCAGUCAGUUGCCUUCUCAAGAACGUUGUUACAAAUCAGUUGACAACGUUAUAGAGCUCGAUCUGGUUACACAAUUUCCAACAGAAUUUCUUAACUCCCAAGAUCCUCCAGGACCCCCUCCCCAUGAACUUCACUUAAAAGUCGGUUGCCCUGUCAUUUUUCUACGCAAUCUAAACUCACCCACACCAUGCAAUGGAACUCGCUUUAUGGUCAAACAAAUGAUGGACCAAACCAUUGAAGCCAAAAGUAUCACGAAACACGGCAAAAACGAUACCGUUUUCAUUCCGAAAAUUCCGCUAACCCCAAGAGACUACACCUAUGUAGAGACUCCAGCUCCCUCUGAAACUCAGCUUCACCAUGGCAAUUAA